GAAUUCAAAAUUCUGAUUCUCGCGGCCCCUCAUCUUCUCCAGUAGAAUUAACUCACUGUAUCAAAAAGAAAUCGCUUAAAGAUGGAAACCUUACACAUAAAAAAGGUCCAUAAACGCCAUGAAACUCAAAAUCUAGUACGGGGAUUUUCCUUAUUUUUUGAAAUUAACAACAAAACUAAUGUAUCCCAACUUUGAUUUCUGAAAACUCAGAUCUCAGAAGCCUCCAAAAGGGCAUGACAACAAACUCAACCUCCUGCCGCCGUCGCCACCGAAACCCACUGCCACUGUCAGGUUUUCUACACAUUUGGUUAGUUACCUAUUGUAGCUUUGUGUUGAUUUGGAAGUUUUGUACUUUACCUAUCUACGAGAACAUUGUUUUAGAAAUAGGGGUUUAGAGAUUUGAUGAAAUAUUGUUAACCAUUGAUUUAUCCUUUGAGCAAAGACUAGCUUAAAAAAGAAAUCUUCAAAUUGUAUUGUGUUGAGAGAACUAAAACGAUAAAGAUUAUGGGUUACAAUGAGAGUAUGAUUGCUAUCAGUAUGGAUUUUGUUACUCAUCAUAAUGAAAAGAGUAGAUAUAUGCCUGUUACAGCGCAUUUCGUUGACGCUCAUGGGCGUUACAAAGUCAAAUCAUGAGGUAUUGUCUUGAAGUCUGAAAUGGUUUGCAAUGACUUUGUUCAACUUUUGGUUUAUAUCGAAAAUUGUCUUUUUUAACUAUUGAUAGUUGUUCCAUCAAAGAUGCCAUGAUGCCAAUGUUGUAAAUUUAUUGUUGAUUUGAAUGUCAUGGGUGGAAAAUUCUUUCAUAUAUAGUGUUGUGCUCAAAUAUUAGAUUUGAUAAUGAAGGAUGGGAUGGAUGUGAAUGAGCAAGAUGUUGAGAAGAGUUGGGACAGUACUACCAUUUUGAGAUCAACACCAAACAAGAUUGAAAAUUUUGAGAACAUUGCACAUCACUUGAACUUUGCAUAUAGUAAGAAAUUAAUGAUUGAUUGUAGAAGUAGAUGGAGUAUAGCAUAUUUGAUGCUUAGUAUUGCUUUUGAAUAUUAAGAUGUUUUUUAUGUACUAAAAAUGUGAGAUGAACAAUAUGAAUGUUUACCUAGGAAGUCAAAGUGGAAGAUGGCAAAAGCAAUUUGCGAACUUUGCAAGUGUUUAAUGAUUUGAUAUACAUGUUUUCAGAGACCAAACAUAUGACAUCUGACUUGUUUUUACUAAUGAUUUUUUGUAUUAUAUUGUUGAUGAAUAAGUGGCUCAAAUUUUCUUAUGAUGAUAUAAAAUGUAGGGCUACCAAAACAAUGACAAGUUUGAAACAUACUGGGAAGUUGUUUAUGGAGUUAUAACCAUGACUAUUAUGUUAGAUCCUAGGUUUGAAAUGCGGUAUAUUGAGUUUAUGUUAUCUAAAAUUUAUACAGAUGAUUCAUAAGGACCAAGGUUACACAACUUUUAUUCUGAUUUUCAACAGAAGACUAAAUUUGGAGCAGACUAAUUUAAAAGAUGUGUUCAUUCCAUUACUGUAAAUGUUGCAAAUUUUAGGAAGAAUAUGCCUUGUUUUUGGUGGAUAAAUAUAAUCAUGAGAGGCAACUGAAGUUAGAGUUGGAUAGUUACUUAGAUAAUCCUUUAGAUGAUAUUGAGGACUUCGAUAUUUUGACUUGGUGGAAGGCACGCCUGUAUACAUAUCCUCUGUCGUCUCUGAUUGCUAGAGAUAUGUUGGCUAUUCCAUAUCCUCAAAGCCGCAUCUCAGUCUCCUUUAAGUAAUGGCAAUGGAUUUUUAAGUCCACAUCAUAGUAGACUUCAGCCAGACAUACUGGAGGCUGUAACGUAUACUCAAAAUUGGUUUUGGCUUCAACACCAUGUCAUAUUCUGGAUAAUCAAAUCCCUUCUGGGAUGGAAGUUGAACAUGAUGGACAUCAGAUUGAGUUGAUGCUGUAAUACUCCUGAACUCCUAUAUUGAUCUUUAAUUUUCAUUUUGAUGUGGCGCUUAUUUCUACAAACACUUUGUGGAUAUGGAAGUAGUUUAUGUCGCUAGUUUACUGUUUUAAGAUAAUAUAUUUUAAUAUGUUUGGUGUAAUUUUGUGUUUAUUUUCACAGGCUAUUUCUAGUUCUUGUGCUUACUGAGGCAGGUUUUGACAAGAAAGCUUCAGCUUUCAUCUCAUAAUUCCAUGAAAGUGAUGUCUCUGAAAUCUGAACUUCAUCUAUAAUUCAUGGUCUGUAUGAGAUUAUAUUAGAAAAUUCAGUAUCAUCAUAUAUUAUACAGUAUCAACUUUCUUCUUUCAGUGCUAAUUUAUAAUAUUAUAAAUUUCCAUAUUUUAGUUGAAAGAAAGAUAAAAUAUCUAUAUUGAAACUAUUUAUCAACUAAUUUUGUUUCCUUUUGUUUUAUUGAGAUAGGCUCUUGAAAUGAUGAUCUCCUUUAUAGAAAUAUGAAUUCUUUUUGCUUUAUUUAUUGUUUUAAAAAUAAAAUCAUUGAUCAAAUUUAUAUCAUAAAUGUCAUCAUUUUUGGAAAAUUAUAUCAAACGUCCCCAUAUCGUAAAAAAUAAAUACAAUAAGAUGAUUAUCAAUGUUACAUUAAUUUCAUUUAGAUCUUAAAAUACUUUCUAUAAGAAAAUUUUUCGAAAUGUUCGGAUAAUCUUUUAUAUUUUAUAAUAUAAAAAUAGCACAAAAAUAGUCAUGAUAUCAAGUGCUAUAUGGGCAACACUGAAACUAGAUAGAACUAAAAUGUCUUAAACAAAAUUAGAUAAAGAUGGAAAGUAAGCCUGACAUUAUAUAGUACAUUGCUGUAGAAAUAAGAAAACCUUCUUUUCAUCAUUCUCAUGUGUAUAUGGACAUGACACAUUACACUCCAUUAUUGACAAGAUUUCUGUAUAUAUGUUAUAUGGAAGUUUGUUUCUGUCUCCAUUAAUAGAAUUGAAUGUAGAAAUUUCCAUUGUCUCCAAAAACAGUAAAAACCAUUCUAUAAUAAGUUGUCUCAUUUGUAAGAAACUAAAGAAUGAACCCUCACUGACCAACCAAAUUAAUUCCUCCCAAUUAUAUUACUACCUUGACAUCAAUAGUCAGAUUUUAUCAUAUCUGGUAUUUUAAUUAUAAGGAUUUGGGCACCCCACUAUUUUUUUUCUAAUUAUUCUAGAAGGGUGCCCCUAUAAUCCAUAAUCUAGAUAUUUUUUUAUUUUAGUAUCCCUUCACAUCUAUAUAUAGUUAGUAUAAACUAUUGAAAUAUUGCAAGAGAGAAUUCCAAAGCUUCUAUAUUUCAUCUUGUUUUCUCCGUUUGGUGUGGAGUGAUGACUAGAAAGAAGGUGAAACUUGCAUUUAUCAGCAAUGAUUCUGCAAGAAAAGCAACCUUCAAGAAAAGAAAGAAGGGUCUGAUGAAGAAGGUAAGUGAACUUAGUACUCUUUGUGGUAUUGAUGCUUGUGCUAUCAUUUAUAGUCCCUACGAGUCUCACGCUGAGAUCUGGCCAUCUCCUAUGGGAGUCCAAAGAGUUUUGUCUCAGUUCAAGAAGAUGCCUGAGAUGGAGCAGAGCAAGAAGAUGGUGAAUCAGGAUAGCUUUCUCAGGCAAAGGAUUGGAAAAGGGAAUGAACAACUGAAGAAGCAGCGGAAAGAUAACCGUGAAAGGGAGAUGACUGAGAUCAUGUUCCAAAGCCUCACAGGGAGGAGCCUCCAUGGUUUGAACAUUCUAGACUUGAAUGAUAUUGGAUACUUGAUUGACCAACACUUGAAGGACAUUCAUACCAGGGUGGACACCUUGAACAGGAUGGCAGUGCAACCUCAGCCUGUGGCGCCAAAGCCUUUGACUGUUGGUGAGAGCUCUCAGCAGGCAGUGAGGGCUGAUUUUGAGAUGAAUGGAGAUGCAAUCCAGAGGCAGCAGUGGUUUAUUGACCUGAUGAACCCACCUGAGCAGAUGGGAUUUGGUGGGGAGGAUAUAAUCUUGCCAUUUGGGGAUGCCAACCACAAUUCUCUUUGGUCUAAUGCCUAUUUCCCUUAAGAAAAAAAUAUUGUUUGAUUGACAUGAGUUUGUCUUGAGGGAUUUAUUUUGUUGCUUGUUUUUAGAUCUUGUUGUUCUCAUCGUAUUGCUUCUAGUCCACUGGAAGCUUAUGAACUUGAAUAUUUCUAUGUACACAGAUUUUGUUAUUGAAAAUAAUGUUAGUUGAAUCACAGAUAAAGAUUUGCUGUUUUUCUGAUUGAA